AUGGCCCUUUCUCAAGCUGCGAACCUGGUCGAAAAGGCCGUUGGCCACACCGACACGGCCGAUAUCCAUACGGAUAUCAGCAAUUAUAGUAAACCUGGCCAUGGAGAUCCAUCUGAAAAGAUCCUCGUCACCACGUGGGAGGGGAAGAAGAGCAUCAAAGUGGUGCACGCUCCCAAGCCCAAGAUUGUGGAUGAUGGCGACGUCAUUCUCAAGGUAACAGGGAGCACAAUUUGUGGAAGUGACCUCCAUCUAUACCAUGGCGUCAUUCCGCAGCUUCAAAAAGGAGAUGUUCUAGGCCACGAAUUCUGCGGUAUCGUCGACAGCGUUGGUCCUGGCGUCGGGACCGUCAAGGUCGGCGAUCGAGUCGUUGCCUCGUUCCCUAUUUCCUGUGGUGACUGUCGAUUCUGUAAAGAGAAGCUGACCACCGCGUGUGAGCGGACAAACGCCAACAAGAUCGCCAAUGUCAUGUACGGCAAUAGACCUGCUGGCAUCUUUGGGUACUCGCAUUUUGCUGGUGGUUUUGCCGGCGGCCAGUCCGAGUACGUUCGAGUGCCUCACGGCGAGCAAAACCUGCUGCAUCUUCCCGACGAUGUGCCCGACGAAAAAGGCCUGUAUCUUUCCGACGUGCUGGCCACCUCGUACCACUGUGUAGUCGACACUGGCGUGCAAAAGGGAGACACCGUGGCGGUCUGGGGAGCAGGCCCGAUAGGACAGAUGGUGGCGACGUUUUCCUUCCAGCAGGGCGCCGGCAGAGUUAUCUUGAUCGACGGGGGCGACGCAGCUUGGAGAUUGGGAUUCGUCAAGGGGAAACUGCCGCGGCUCGAGACCCUCAACUUUGGCACUCUCCCCGACGGAGAAUCGGUGACGUCUCAGCUGAAGAAGAUGACGGGAGCAGGGCCCGACGUGUGCUUGGAUUGCACUGCUGGCGAGUUCGCAAAGGGCUGGACGCAUUCCCUGGAGAUCAUGCUAGGUUUGGAGACCGACACUUCGGAGACGCUGAAUGAGAUGGUCACCUCCGUGAGAUCGUUCGGUCGAAUCGGUCUCACGGGAGUCUAUGCAGGUUAUACAAAUCACUUCAAUAUCGGCGCCGUCAUGCAGACCGGGAUUCGCUUGAUCGGCAACGGCCAGGCUCCGGUGCACAAAUACUGGGAAGAGCUGCUGGAAAUGAUUCGCAGGCAGGAAAUCAAUCCACUGGAUAUGGUCACUCAUCGUGUGCGUCUCGAGGAUAUGGAUACGGUGUAUGCGCUCUUCGACGAGCGUGCCCCGGGCAUGCAGAAGGUCUUUGUGCAGACCAAGUUCUCCUCUCCUCCAGCUCACGGGGCACCUCAAUUAUCUCGUUUCUAG